UUUCCCUAAUGUGAAACGGAAACUGGCUAGUUCACGAAAUUGAGAAAAGCUGCGAGGGGUGAUGCUUGGACGAAUAAAUAAUCAAAUAACCUUACAGAAAUACUAAGAACUGUUUUCAGUUGCUUAUUUUUUAUAUAGCGCUAUCGACUGAAGACCAACCACAAUGUCUGCCCAAGCUCAAAUGAGAGCUUUGCUCGACCAGCUAAUGGGAACAGCGAGGGAUGGUUCAGUGUAUCUUUGCCAGCCUACAUCAAUCUGCAAAGGAGUUGCAGAAAAGCCUCAUGUUCAUCGAGCCGUGAGUCACACAUAAUUUUUAAGCUGUUAUGAUGAAUAUCCAAACAAUUUGUUUGCCUUCCGGAAGUUAUUUUAGCUUUUAUUUUAAUCACACAAAUGGGUAUAUCUUCAGUGGCAAUAGAAUUACAAUUUGGAGUGGUAUUAUACAGCUUGAGCUAAGACGUCUGGUCGCGCUGAAUCCAAACGAGCAGUGUUUCAUUACACUUCUGUUUUCAGAAGGCAAUUUUAGCAGUCAUCGAAACAAAAACUUUGCACACAUCAUUUACAAUCUGACUUGUGUAUGACUCCCAACUUCUUACUACAGGUAUGGGCAAGAAAACUGUUCCCAUUUAUACUUUUCUACAGCGGGUUUAAAUUUCUGCUGCUGAGGUCUUGAAGAUGCAGAAGGGUACAGUAUGUGGUGCAGAUCGCAGUGUGUAUAAACUAAAUUUUUUUCCUUGGAUUUCUGUUGCAUUUUUGUUUUGAAUUUCUUUUCAAUGUUUCAUUCUUGUAAAAGGCUUGGCUGGAACAUUUGUCUGAAAUGUUUACAUUUCUUAUCGCAGUCGCAAUAGCAGUCAGUCUUUACCGCAUAGUCUAAUGUAUUGAAAUGUAAUCAACACUUUCAUUUCACACUAGUUAAUUGAACACCAAGAAUAUAGUUAUUUAUCAGUAUUGUGCCACUAUUAGCCUAAUCUCAUAAUGAUCCACAUUUUAUAGAGUGGACAUUGAGCCUUAUCACAAGUUAAACUGAGUUGAGGCUCUCACAUCGCCAAAUUUGUGUUGAGGCUUGGGUAAGGUAAGCACACAGAAUAAGAGGAAGUACCAUAUACAUGCACACAGGUACCUUUACUACUUUAAUGUUGACACAUAAAUAGUUAAUAAACGUAGUCCAGCAGAGGCACAGUUACUCUUACUGGUGAAUAUAAUGCUACACUAAUGCAAGUAUAUGCAAAACUUUUACAAUCAUAAAUACAAGAAUUGGAUUUCACUCAUUAAGGUUGCCACAAAAUCCUUGCAGUGCAGUUACAAUGACACACAUGUGCUCAGUGAAUUUAGUGCACUUAAAGGAAUGUAUAUUAAAGCACUAGAUACCUCGCCCCUGCUAACAAGUAUGUGAGGUCUUUCUCACUGGUUGUUUUUUGGACUGUUUCAGGGGAUGAGACGCGACAGAGGGUCAAGUUCACUGACGAGCGAGUCUGCAAAAGUCAUCUUCUAAACUGCUGUCCACAUGACAUCCUGUCUGGAACUCGUAUGGACCUGGGAGAGUGCACAAAGAUCCAUGACCUGGCGCUUCGAGCAGAUUAUGAAAUUGCUUCCAAGGAGAGAGAUCUGUUCUUCGAGCUUGAUGCGGUGGACCACCUGGAGUCAUUCAUUGCCGAUUGUGACCGGAGGACAGAACUUGCCAAGAAGCGUCUGGCUGAGACCCAGGAAGAGAUCAGUGCUGAGGUGGCAGCAAAGGCAGAGAAGGUUCAUGAGUUGAAUGAGGAAAUAGGGAAGCUCCUGGCCAAGGCUGAGCAGCUCGGAGCUGAGGGCAACGUUGAUGAGGCCCAGAAAGUUCUGCAGGAAGUAGAGAAGGUCCGCACUAGGAAGAAGGAUGCAGAGGAAGAAUACAGAAACUCCAUGCCGGCGUCCAGCUUCCAGCAGCAGAAGCUUCGGGUGUGCGAGGUGUGCUCUGCUUACCUAGGUCUCCAUGACAAUGACCGUCGUUUGGCCGACCAUUUUGGUGGGAAGCUCCAUCUGGGCUUCAUCCAGAUCAGAGAGAAACUGGACCAACUAAAGAAAACCGUGGUCGACAAGCAGGAGAAAAGGAACCAGGAGCGCUUAAAGAGACGAGAAGAGAGGGAGAAAGAGGAAAGGAUGAAGAAGAGGACCAGAUCACGGAGCAGAGAGCAUAGAAGGUCCCGUUCUCGUGACCGCAGACGGAGACGCUCGCGCUCCUCAUCGAGAGACAGGCGCCGAUCGCGCUCACGCUCCAGGGAGAGGAGGAGGAGGCAUCGCAGCCGAUCCCGCUCCCGCAGCCGAGGACACCGUCACAGCCACGAGCUGGGCUCCAAACACAAGUCGUCCAGGGACCGAGAGCGCUCAUCCAGAGACAGGUCACGGGAGCGAGACAGGAGGGAUGGCAUGAACGGCAGGUCGGAGUCCCGCCGGGCAGAUGACAGGGAGAUGGGGGACCUCUAAAGACCAGACUUAAUCAAUCACGACACACAACCUCCCGUCUCUCUCACCUGUCUGUCCAUUUAUAAUAACCUAAUGUCACACACAGUCCUUGCCUUGAUCCCUUUGUUCUCCCGCCUGCCUCCUUUCUUUGCUUUAACAGUUAAUGCAGCCAACCCAGAGUGUAUACCUGAAAUUGUAUGGAUUAAAUUUUCUAGCAUCCAGAUAUAUCAGAAGAUGGCAUUGGAUGGAGGGGGUUAGUUAUCGAUCAGUAGUGGAGUGUAUUAGAAUGCCCACAUCUGUAAUCUGGUGGCUGUCUGUAUCCAAUACAUCCCAUGUCUUGUUUUAAACCACCUACAAUGAUUCCAACAGAAAAAGCCAACAAACUGAUGGGCUGAAGCGUAAAAUGUAACUGAUCCAUAUUUUAUUAUUGACUGAUGGUCUUUUGAUACAGAAUCUGUCUGUAAAUAUGUUUUGGGCCUACUGAUUAUCAUGGUCUGAGAAGCCUCGUCCAAUUAAGAAGUUUGGGGUUUUUUGCCCCUCGCUCUGAAGAUUUCUUUUCACCUGGUAAAUGGCAGUUAUUGUCGUACAGCUCGAGUGCAGUACUCUUGAAUGUCUGUCCACAUAUACCUAGUUUGCUAAAGCCCAGUUAAAGUUUUAGGAACCCAAUUCAAAACCAAAAGGUUUUAAAGUUGCGAGUAUUAGUAUCAAUCUUAUUUCUCCCCAUGUCUUCUUUUCUUUGGUCAACUUUUAUUUUGUUGUCAGUAGUGAAGGGAAUCUUUUUGAGAGUCGGCCAGUAUAAGUUCAUGCUUGUUUUUGAAGUAUCUUGUUUCUUAAUUUGUUUCUAUCUUGAUUUCUUUUAUUUAAAAUAAUAAAUGGUUACUUCAAAGUUGGUGUCGGCAUGUGAAGCAGUAGGUUCAGAAAUGAUACAUUGGAAAUACAAUGCUAUAACUGUACAUACCUUUAUUAAUUAGUCAAGUCAUACAUUGAAAUUUUGGCCCAAUCUGGACAAAUUCCAUGUGAAUAGACUUAUAAUUGCAAACAGAUUUUAAUGGAUGCAUUGCUUUAACCUAAUGUGUGAAGUCAUAUCUGUUUAUGUUCUGCUGGAAGUCUUUCUUUAAAGUCUCAAUAAAAAAAUAAAAAAAUCCCACCAUUUUAA